AUGGUUAUAUUAAUUGUUUUAUCAAUGGUAACAAUUACAUUAUCUUCAAAUUCAACUGUCAAAUGGUGUAAAUUUAUUGAUAAAAUUGUAUGUGUUCCAUUCAAUAAAGAAUGUGAACAAUGUUUUCAAUGGAGUUUAUCAACCAAACAUAUUCAGUUACCUAAUAUAAGUGAUGAAAUUAUAAAAACAUCUUGUUCCAAUUGUAAAAGGUGUUGGGCAGAAACUUCUUGUAUGGAGUGUAAUGAAGGGUAUUAUUUAUCUGAAGAUUAUUCGUGUUAUUCGUGUUAUUACUCUUGUAAGACUUGUUUUGAUGAUACCAAUUAUGGGUGUUUUACUUGUAAAGACGGAUAUUAUUUAACUCAGAACUCUAAAUGUCAAUUUUGUAAUGAUGCUUGUGAUACUUGUUAUAAUGGAACAUCCGAUGAUUGCAUCACAUGUAAAAAUGGCUAUUACAUGUCUGAUUCAAACACUUGUUCAAUUUGUAAUGAUAAGUGCAAUACUUGUUAUGGUGGAUCAAAUACAGAAUGUUAUAGUUGUGCAUGGGGAUAUUAUUUACAAGGAUCAAACACGUGUGUAAAGUGUUCUUUUGAAUGUUAUAAAUAUACAGGAUCUUCAACCACUUGUUUAUCGUGUCAAAACUCUUAUUAUUUGUCAGGAAACACAUGUCUAAAAUGUGAUUCUUCAUGUGUUACAUGUAAUGGUACAGAACCAAACAAUUGUAUAUUAUGCCGAUUUUCUUAUUAUUUAACAAAUGGGUAUUGUUUAAAGUGUGAUUCAUCAUGUGUUACAUGUAAUGGUGCAACGCCAAAUAAUUGUUUAUCAUGUUCAAAAUUUUAUUAUUUAUUAAAUGGUCAAUGUCUUGAAUGUGAUUCAUCAUGUAAUACUUGUAAUGACUCAGGACCGAACAAUUGUUUAUCGUGCCUUUUUUCAUAUGGUUUUUCGAAUGGGUAUUGUGUAAAAUGUGAUCCAUCAUGUUUGGAAUGCAAUGGUAUAAAUUUAAACAAUUGUAUUUCAUGUUUUGAAUAUUAUAAUUUAAUUUCCGGCAAUUGUAUUAAAUGCGAUUCAUUUUGCAGUACUUGUAAUGGACCGAAUAAAAACGAUUGUUUAUCAUGUCAUUAUUAUCAUUAUCUUUUAAAUGGGUAUUGUUUAAAAUGCGAUUACUUGUGUAAAACCUGUAAAUUUGGAGGAUUAGGAAAUUGCUCAACAUGCAUGAUUUCUUAUUAUUACUCAAAUGGGUAUUGUAUUCAAUGCAGUCCAAAUUGUUAUACUUGUAAUGGUACUUUUGAAAACAAUUGCUUGAGUUGUAAAAAUGGUUUUUAUUAUACAAAUGGAUAUUGUCUUCCUUGUGAAUUAAAUUGUGGUCGAUGCAGUGGUACAUAUAUACACAACUGUGAUUCUUGUCUUAAUGGAUAUUAUUUAAAAGAUGGGUUGUGUGUUCAGUGUCCUCCAAAUUGUGAAACUUGUUCAACUACAAAAUGUGUAAUAUGUAACUCAAAUUAUUACUUAUUAAAUGAUGUAUGCUACAAAUGUCAUUCUGAUUGCAAUGAAUGUAAUGGCGCCGAAAGCACAAACUGUAUUGAGUGUGUUAAUGGUAAAUAUAUGGAUAAUGAAAUUGGAGAAUAUAAUCAUACUUGUCUACCAUGCCAUAUACAUUGUAAUAACUGUGGUGGCUAUAAUAAUUGCUAUGAAUGUGAAAGUGGGUAUUACUUUUCGAAUAAUGGAAUGUGUGUUAAGUUUGGAAAUGACUAA